ACAACCGGAUGUUUUUCUCUCCACUCUCUUCCGAGACCCGGACGUUCUCCCCCCUUUUUCCUGAGGGGGACCCAGAUAGUCCUUGCUCCCUCUCUCCCUUCCUAUGGUGGAGCCCGGGAGGUCCCACUACCCCUUUCUGAGGCGGAGGAGACCCGGAUGUUCCUUCCUCCCUCCAGUUCCUGGGGUGGAGGCCCGGAUGUUGCCGCGGACGUUUGCCCUUUGGUUCCCGGGUCCUCGUUCUGUACCCGCCCCCUCCCUUAGCAGAGCCGCGGAUGCCCCGCCCCCUAAUCUCAGUAACCGCAGCAAGGACAGCGCCCGGCCUUCCGUGGCCUUGUCAGCGCGUUUAGCCCCAUUUUUCUGAGCAGCAAACUGAGAAGCCGGGAAGUGUCCGAGGCCGGAUUUCUCUUGUACAAGAGCGUUUUGUGUUGCCUUUGGUUCUGACGUCAUCUUCCGCCCCUACAGACCGUGUUCUCUCCGGGAGGCCCCCACCUCUGAUGGGAGGGAGGGGAAGAAGUGCAGGAAUUAGAGCGUCCUGAGCUAUUAGCGCAGUACUGGGCACACAGUAGGCACUCAGUAAAUGCCUGCUCCCUUCUCUCGCCCCCAGGGAGGGCCUCCAGGCGGUGAUUCAGCGGGACUUCUUUCCCGACGUGGAGAAGCUGCAAGCGCAGAAGGAGUACCUGGAGGCGGAGGAGAGCGGGGACCUGGAGAGGAUGCGGCAGAUCGCCAUCAAGUUCGGCUCCUCGCUGGGCAAAUUGUCCAGAGACACCCCUCUGCCGUAUGUGACCCCCGCCACGUUUGAGACCCCUGAGGUUCACCCAGGCACUGCCUCCUUGGCAACUAAGCCCAGACUUCGUGCCAAAGGUCCCGAGGAAGGAUCAGGAGAAGCAGAGGAAGAGGAGGACAAAGAGCCCCUCCCUAGUCUCGACACUUUCCUGACCAGGUACACCAGUGAGGACAAUGCCUCGUUCCAGGAGAUCAUGGAAGUGGCGAAGGAGAAGGAGCGAGCCCGGCAUGCCUGGCUCUAUGAGGCGGAGGAUGAGUUUGAAAAGAGGCAGCAGGAGAACCUGGCCUUGCCGUCCACGGAGCAGCAGGCAUUGCAGAGCAGCCAGGCCGGGGUGGAGACCUGGAAGUACAAGGCUAAGAAUUCCCUGAUGUACUACCCCGAGGGUGUCCCUGAUGGGGAGGAUGUGUUUAAGAAGCCCCGGCAGGUGCUGCAUAGGAACACUCGAUUUCUCAGGGACCCUUUCAGCCAGGCCCUGAGCAAGUCCCAGCUGCAGCAGGCGGCCGCCCUCAAUGCCCAGUACAAACAGGGUAAAGUGGGACCCGAUGGCAAGGAGCUCAUCCCUCAGGAGUCUCCCAAGGUCAACGGGUAUGGAUUCGUUGCCACCCCUUCUCCAGCCCCUGGUGUGAACGAAUCUCCCAUGAUGACAUGGGGGGAAGUUGAGAGUACCCCCUUGCGAAUUGAUGGGUCAGAAACUCCAUAUGUGGACAGAACUCCAGGGCCAGCCUUCAAGAUCCUGGAGCCUGGACGCAGAGAGAGGUUAGGUCUCAAGAUGGCCACUGAGGCAGCUGCCAAGAACCGAGCCAAGAAACAAGAAGCCCUAAGAAGAGUCACAGAGAACCUGGCCAGCCUCACCCCCAAAGGCCUCAGCCCCGCUAUGUCCCCGGCCCUGCAGCGCCUCGUGAACAGGACCGCCAGCAAAUACACCGACAAGGCCCUGCGGGCCAGCUACACGCCGUCACCGGUUCACCCUGGCUACAAGACUCCUGCAGGCGGCCCUCAGACUCCCACGGGCACUCCUGCCCCUGGCACCACUACAAGGACUCCUCUGACCCAGGACCCUGCUUCCAUCACUGACAACCUCCUGCAACUCCCCAAGAGACGGAAAGCGUCGGACUUCUUCUGAGGACUCUGCGCUGGGGAUCCUGGGCAGAGCAUGGCCCUCCCUGGCUGUGGGACCCUUGGGGCAGCUCCCCCUCUAUGGCAUCUGGACGCUUUGUCAGGUGGGAUGGAAGUGCCUCCCAUCAGGGCCACAACUGGACCCAGCGACUAGCUGGGCACUUGGUCAGUCUCAUAUGCAAGCUGAAGUUGCAGCUGCCAUUAAAAGUAAAAGCUGAACCAGGACUUCCCUGGGUUCCCAUCCCUGUCCAGGUGCAUAGCCCCACCCCUCUUGGGGUUGGCCACAGGGUCUGGGCAGGGUGUGGUGUGCCUGGAUCUGGGGUAGGGUCCUUCCUCCUGACCCCUAGGAGCCAGAUGAUGCUGAGCAUGACUCUUAGCCUCACUUUCCUGCUCCAUAAAAUUGGGAUACUAAUCCUUGCCUUUGUGGAGGAGAAUACACUAGGACGGAACUGUCGUUUGGGUCCCAGAACCUGAGCCUCCUCUCGGGGGAUUUAGUAAAGGGCCCAGUGGAAGGGAGACCCCAUCCGACCUUGCAUCCCCUUCCCAGCACUGUUUCCACUCUGUAUCGGAGCAUAAACUGUAUGAGCUCACGCACAGGACUGGACUAUUAAAUGCCAUCUUAGCCUGUCGA